CCAGUAGCUCCUGGGGCAUCGCUCCGGUACGCUCCACGCCGUCGCAGGCACUGCUGUGGUCGCCGGUCGGCCGAGGGGCCGCGAUACUGGUUGCCCGCGGUGUAAGCAGAAUUCGACGUGUAUCGCUGUCGUGAAGAUGGAGGGGCCGUUGUCCGUGUUCGGUGACCGCAGCACUGGGGAAGCGAUCCGCUCCCAGAACGUUAUGGCUGCAGCUUCGAUUGCCAAUAUUGUAAAAAGUUCUCUUGGUCCAGUUGGCUUGGAUAAAAUGUUGGUGGAUGAUAUUGGUGAUGUAACCAUUACUAACGAUGGUGCAACCAUCCUGAAGUUACUGGAGGUAGAACAUCCUGCAGCUAAAGUUCUUUGUGAGCUGGCUGAUCUGCAAGACAAAGAAGUUGGAGAUGGAACUACCUCAGUGGUUAUUAUUGCAGCAGAACUCCUAAAAAAUGCAGAUGAAUUAGUCAAACAGAAAAUUCACCCCACAUCAGUUAUUAGUGGCUAUCGACUUGCUUGCAAGGAAGCAGUGCGUUAUAUCAAUGAAAACCUAAUUGUUAACACAGAUGAACUGGGAAGAGAUUGCCUGAUUAAUGCUGCUAAGACAUCUAUGUCUUCCAAAAUCAUUGGAAUAAAUGGUGAUUUCUUUGCUAACAUGGUAGUAGAUGCUGUACUUGCUAUUAAAUACACAGACAUAAGAGGCCAGCCACGUUAUCCCGUCAAUUCUGUUAAUAUUUUGAAAGCCCAUGGGAGAAGUCAAAUGGAGAGUAUGCUCAUCAGUGGCUAUGCACUUAACUGUGUGGUGGGAUCCCAGGGCAUGCCCAAGAGAAUCGUAAAUGCAAAAAUUGCUUGCCUUGACUUUAGCCUGCAAAAAACAAAAAUGAAGCUUGGUGUACAGGUGGUCAUUACAGACCCUGAAAAACUGGACCAAAUUAGACAGAGAGAAUCAGAUAUCACCAAGGAGAGAAUUCAGAAGAUCCUGACAACUGGUGCCAAUGUUAUUCUAACCACUGGUGGAAUUGAUGAUAUGUGUCUGAAGUAUUUUGUGGAGGCUGGUGCUAUGGCAGUUAGAAGAGUUUUAAAAAGGGACCUUAAACGCAUUGCUAAAGCUUCUGGAGCAACUAUUCUGUCAACCCUGGCCAAUUUGGAAGGUGAAGAAACUUUUGAAGCUGCAAUGUUGGGACAGGCAGAAGAAGUGGUACAGGAGAGAAUUUGUGAUGAUGAGCUGAUCUUAAUCAAAAAUACUAAGGCUCGUACAUCUGCAUCGAUUAUCUUACGUGGGGCAAAUGAUUUCAUGUGUGAUGAGAUGGAGCGCUCUUUACAUGAUGCACUUUGUGUAGUGAAGAGAGUUUUGGAGUCAAAAUCUGUGGUUCCCGGUGGGGGUGCUGUAGAAGCAGCCCUUUCCAUAUACCUUGAGAACUAUGCAACCAGCAUGGGGUCUCGGGAACAGCUUGCUAUUGCAGAGUUUGCAAGAUCACUUCUUGUUAUUCCCAAUACACUAGCAGUUAAUGCUGCCCAGGACUCCACAGAUCUGGUUGCAAAAUUAAGAGCUUUUCAUAAUGAGGCUCAGGUUAACCCAGAACGUAAAAAUCUAAAAUGGAUUGGUCUUGAUUUGAGCAAUGGUAAACCUCGAGACAACAAACAAGCAGGGGUGUUUGAACCAACCAUAGUUAAAGUUAAGAGUUUGAAAUUUGCAACAGAAGCUGCAAUUACCAUUCUUCGAAUUGAUGAUCUUAUUAAAUUACAUCCAGAAAGUAAAGAUGAUAAACAUGGAAGUUAUGAAGAUGCUGUUCACUCUGGAGCCCUUAAUGAUUGAUCUGAUGUCUCUUUUAUUUAUAACAAUGUUAAAUGCAAUUGUCUUGUACCUUGAGUUGAGUAUUACACAUUAAAGUACAACAAGCUGUAAA